AUGGGUCCCUACAUGGCAACCUUCAACCGAUUCCUUGGAUUUCCCAUCGAUGCUUGGCCAACUUAUAAACCGAAAAUCCCAAGUAUUUUUAGAAUGAUUAAUGUCAUGAAAUCUACUUGGGGAACGCUCUGGGAUGUAAUCGUGUUCUGGCAGGUGCGGUUUAUGCGCUGGUUGACAUGUAAGAGUCCAAUUGAAACUUGGUAUAUAAUUUUACGUGAUGCGGAAACUUACGAGGAGUGGGAAGAAGCUGCAUUGCAGCUGGAUGUGCUUACGGGAAACGAUCUUUGGCGACAGAAUCCAACAUCAAAGUAUUACGAUUACCGAUUAAUACAUCAACGUCUCCAGUCAAUAAUUAUCGCAAGGGAAGAGGAAGACUACAUCCAAUUGAUCAAUCUUCUUCGAUCUGGCCUUGUCCGAAACCUUGGCAAUGUAACAACACCAAGGCUAUUCAAUCGUGCCUUUGCUGGGACUAAACUAUUAAUCGAGGACUAUAUUACACAAGUUUCAGAGGCCAUUGCAGAUGUUACUAAGCUUUCAACCUCACCGAAUACUGACGAUAAUGAAAAUCGGAACAUUUGCAGAUUUAGUAGCCAAGCUAAGCUCGAUCUUCUGCAUGACACGCGACAGGCCUUUGGAAGAAGUACUCUGGUUCUCGAAGGGGGUGCUGUAUUCGGUCUUUUCCAUCUUGGUGUGGUCAAAGCACUGCACGCCCGAGGUCUAUUACCCCGAAUUUUAACAGGAACCGCUACAGGUGCACUCAUCGCGGCGCUCGUUGGAACACACACCGAAGACGAACUGCCAAAACUUUUCUCCGGUAAUGGUAUUGAUCUGAGGGCCUUUGGUACCGGAGGAGGUAAAGUUCGAGCUUCGUUGCUCAAGAGAAUCACCUCAUAUAACGGUCGUUUUAUCACGCUUUUCAAGAGGCUGCCUAUAUUAUUCACGGGUGGAAAUUUUUUCGACGUCACAGUUCUCGAAAAGUGUAUGAGAGAGAAUAUUGGUGAUCUCACUUUUGAGGAAGCAUACCUAAAAACAAAAAGAGUGCUCAACAUUACAGUUGCCACUACCGGAAGAGGUGGAGUUCCAAACCUACUAAACUAUUUGACUGCACCAAAUGUAUUGAUCUGGUCAGCUGCCGUUGCUUCCAAUACACCACCUUCAAAGUCUUUAUACAGCCGUCCACCAGUGCUCAGGUGUAAAGAUACUUCUGGCGAAAUUGUCCCCUGGUCUAUAGCUGCUGAUAUCACUUUCAGACCACGGACGCAUACUUCAUAUACUGAAAGAGAGUCUCCGCUUACUCGUGUCGCGGAGCUGUUCAACGUUAACCAUUUUAUCGUCAGCCAGGCUAGACCUCACGUAAUUCCCUUUCUUCAAAGUGAUAUGCACGGGCCACCACCUCUAAUACAGCGAGGGGGACGGACACCAUUGAUAAGCGGACUCCUUAGGCUUAUCGGGAUUGAGCUAGAUCAUCGUAUUCAUCAAUUAGAAACGAUGGGACUACUUCCGACGAUAAUUAGACGCUUCCUCAUCACAGAACAGAUACCAGGUACUCCUGUUACUCUGGUACCUGAGCUUUCCGCAAGUGAUUUCUUUUGUUUUUUGAAGGAACCGACUCAAGCUAAUCUCCGUUAUUGGAUACUCCGUGGAGAAAAGAGCGUUUGGCCGGCAAUCGGGGCCCUAAAAGUUAGAUGUGCAAUUGAGAUAGAACUUGACAGAGGAUAUCAGUUUACUAGGCGUCGAAAAGCUGUAAGGCUACGCCCAGAUAGUAGUAGAGUAGACAAAGGGGAAGGAAGAGAGAGAGCCAGGGAACGUGUGCGUGCUGACAGCCUCAGUGGUAAAUGGUAG